UAUCUUUCAUUUUCAAACUGCAAGGUGUGCUAGCACAAAUGCACUCUAUUGUCUAAUUCGGUCUGCGCUCAGAUUUUCUCUCUUUCUUCUUUAAAAAAAAAAUAUGAUCUACAUUUUAACCCGGAAAAACAUGAUGCUCGUACUGUGAAACUUUAUAUCUGGGUCGAAUUUAUGCUUACUCGUGGAUAAGUUUCGUUUGAUGCGUCAAGUUUCCCACCUUGUUUCUUCCGUGUUCUCAAGAGUGUCAUGCAGUUAUAAACGAGACUUUUAUUUUGUUCAGAUCACAAUGACUGAGUCAGUUGGAAGAACAGAGUUGUUUCCUGAUAUAGAACCAUAUGAUUCUGGUUUCCUUCAGGUCUCAGAUCUACACAGUCUGUACUAUGAACAGUCUGGAAAUCCAAAGGGUUUGCCAGUUUUGUUUUUACAUGGCGGGCCAGGUGCAGGUGUUGUGGUUCCACGGGAAAGAUGCUGGUUUGACCCCGAGUAUUACAGAAUUAUCUUGUUUGAUCAAAGAGGAGCAGGCCGAUCUAAACCAUCGGCUGAACUGAAAGAUAACACAACUUGGGAUCUUGUCUCUGAUAUUGAGAAGCUGCGAGAAAAACUGGGUGUUGAGGCCUGGGUGUUGUUUGGCUGGAGCUGGGGUACUACCCUCACUUUAGUUUAUGCUGAGUCACACCCACAGCGAGUUAAAGCAAUCAUAGUUCAUGGAAUAUUUCUAUGUACAAAGAAAGAAAUAGAUUGGUUGUAUGUGGAUGGCUGCAGCCAGAUCUGGCCUGAUUUGCAUGAGGAGUACUUGAAGAUAAUCCCACUUGAAGAGCGUAAAGACUUAAUCAAAGCCUACAACAAACGUCUGAACUCAGAGGACCACAACGUGAGUCUUCCUGCUGCAAAAGCCUGGUCGUUAUGGGAGUUGCAGAUCAUGAGACCUCAGAUUGACCCCUUCUACGUGCAGUUUGCAGAUGAUGUAGAGUUUUGCUUAAACUUUGCGAGGAUUGAAUGCCAUUAUUUCCUUAAUGGAGGUUUCCUGGAGAGUGACUCCUACAUCUUGGACAAUGUCCACAAGCUGAAGGAUAUACCCACCACCAUUAUAAACGGACGUUUUGAUGUCAUUACUCCCAUGGAAUCAGCAUGGAAACUUCACAAGAGUUUGCCAAAAUCAGAGUUAAUUGUUGCGCCCCUGGAUGGUCACUCUGAAAAAGAUCUUGGAAUUCUAAUGGCUCUACUUAAUGCCACAGAGAAGUACAAAACACUGCCUGUGGAAAAUCAGUCAUGCUGAAUGACAAGAAUCAAGAAGAAAGAGUGAAACAAAUACUCCAGAGUUUAUUCUUCAUAAAUUUCAAGGGAACUGACUUCUGUUGUAAAAGCAUUUUGAAUGUCUGUGAUGAGGUUGUGAUGAUUAUGGAUAUGGUGCUGUGAUUAAUAUUUGAACUUAAAUUGUUAUUAUUUUUUAUAGUGAGCUAUAUGCUGACUUUCAUUCAGUCAAAAAAAUAUUAAUUACUACAGUAGACUUCGUUUAACACAAAGUCAUUUGACUCAUUACUCCUGGUAACAUGAAAGGAUUUCAAAUCCCUCAGUUUUUUUUCCUUCAACAGAGGGAGAGAGGUAUCAGAAUGAAUGUCUGUCCCACAAACUAUUUUUGCCUUCAUUUUUUAUUAUUUUUGACUGGUUCCAGUCUUCUUGAGCUGUGCCCCUUUCGUCUGUUAUACCCUUGAAUCAAAACUGUUAUAAUAGAUUUGCAAAGACUUAUACUCUGUAUUAAAAUAUUUUCUACUUUAACUCCCAA